UUCGGGUCUCCAGAUCUCAAGUCUCUCUCUCUAUCUCAUGCUUCCCGAAUCAUCCGUCUUUCUCUCUCUAACAUGAAAUUUGAAUUGAAUUCUUAUGGAUCUUUCCAUUUAUUAUUCAAAAUUCCUCACCAGUUGAUGAGCGGAAUGUUGUUGUAUAUCUACGAGGUUAAAUUUGCUGUCUGUUUCGAAGUUGCCAUCACCUUGUUGAUGUUAGAGUGCUGCUUGUCAUGGGAGUCCUAAAAAAAACAAGUGCUCUUUCUUUUGAAUCAAAGCCUCACACAAGAAGAAGAAUGAGCUUUGCGUGCCUUGUGUGUCAUAGUGUAGAGAGCCCGUCCCACUCCUUUAGAAGCUACUCCGUGUCUAGCUCAGACAAUGAAGGAAGAUGCUCUGUGAUUGCUAGCUGCCUCACUAGGAAGUCACUUAUUCAAGCUGCAAGGUCCAGCACUUUCCCUGCAUCAUCCUCAAAGGUAACCCCACAACCGAAUUUCCAGGCAGGUGAUCUGAUGAUAACACAAGGAGCCUCGCCACGGUUAGUGCGAAGCCGUGCAGGGAGAAGAGACUGGAACUUCAACGAAAUCGAGGCAGAGCUUUAAAAGUUUAAAUCCGACUCUCUUCUCUAUAGACUAGUGUUAGUUUGUUCAUCCUUCGGGUGAUCUUAGCAGUGUAUCUUCUGAGUUCUGUUCAAACGAUCUUACAUUCAUCACUUGUCAAAUUUUGUACUCUUCUCACUACUUCUUCAUAAACCAAUAAAUCUAUAAAAUUAUCCUUCAUGUU